UAUUUAUUACUCCUUUUGUAAUUUCAAAUUUUUCUGCUUCCUUGUUUUUGUCCCAACUGAUUUUGUUGUCUAGCUUCUCGUCCCUCACGUUUCACAGCCUUCUAAUACUCUCAGUUGAUGUCUUUGGAGCCCUCUCCAUCCCUUAGCAGAAAGCUUUCCCGAUUGAGUCAGAAGCUACUUUUUCCUCAUUCGAUUUCCUUUAUACGAAAUUUUCAUGAUUUGUUCUGUGUUUGUUUCGGAGAAUUUGAGUUUCACUGGUUUGUUUGCUUAGAUUUCUGAACUGGGUCAGAUUAAAUAAACAUACUCUAUUGGACAUAAAUAGCAGGAUAGGAGAUCGUCUUGGAAAGGUGAUUAGUGUUUUAGGGAUUUAGAAGUCUCAAUUUGGGGUUAAAUGGCGAGAGGUAUCUCACCAUGCAUCUUCUGUCAAAUCGCUCGAAGUUCCAACUCCACUCCCUCCUUCAUUCAGUUCGAUGACAAGGUCGUUGCAUUUCAAGAUAUCAAGCCUGUUGCUUUCAGGCAUUACUUGGUGAUACCAGUGGAGCACAUUCCAACUGUCAACGAUCUUCAAAGAGGAAAUGAACAUUACACAUUGGUAAGUCAUAUGUUAAAUGUGAGGGGAACACUGUUACACAGAGAUGCACCUCAGCCAAAUGAAUAUAGGUAUUGCUUCCCAUAAAGUAAACAACUUUGCUAAAUGGGUAUCCUUUUAUGUCCUAACUUAUAUAGAAUUGAUCUAUGUUGAGUAGACCUUAUUGCUUUUCAUCACUUUACUUGACCGCAAUGUUUGAUUUAUAGUUGUAUUACUGUUUGUGUAAAAGCUCUUAGAAAUGGACAUAUUUUGUAUGAACUGUCCUUGUUCCAUGCAUUAGGACUUGGAUUUCAAUUACUCCUUCAAAGCCGUGUAAAUGCUUUCUA